UCACGCGCCAGGCCGCGGAGCCGAGCCUCGCUCCCGCAUCGCUCCGCCGUGUCCCGGCGCUGCGCUCGGCGCUCGGCUGCUCGCGCCUGCGGGAGCGUGAGGGCGAUGCUGGGGGCCGCGGCCGCCUGAGGGCCGGCUCCGCUCGGCUCCGGCGGGGCUGCGCCAUGGGGCUGGGCUCCAGCUCCGAGGGCCCCGGCGGCGGCGCCGAGGGAUUCCACGUGCACGGGGUUCAGGAGAACUCCCCAGCCCAACAAGGAGGACUGGAACCUUUCUUUGAUUUCAUCAUUGCCAUAGGACACACCAGGCUUAACAAGGAAAACAACAUGCUGAAAGACCUGCUGAAGGCAAAUGCUGAGAAGGCAGUGAAGCUGGAGGUGUAUAACAUCAAAACAAUGAAAAUCCGAGAGGUGGAGGUGGUCCCCAGUAACAUGUGGGGAGGACAGGGCCUCCUUGGGGCCAGCGUGAGGUUCUGCAGCUUCCAGGGAGCCAAUGAACACGUCUGGCACGUCCUGGACGUUGAGCCUUCAUCUCCUGCAGCCCUGGCUGGUCUCCAGCCAUACACUGACUACGUUGUUGGAUCUGAUCAGAUUCUCCAGGAGUCAGAGGAUUUCUUUUCCCUGAUUGAAUCCCACGAGGGGAAGCCACUGAAGCUGAUGGUUUAUAACACUGAAGCAGAUUCCAUCCGAGAGGUAGUUGUGACUCCCAAUGGAGCUUGGGGUGGAGAAGGAAGUUUAGGAUGUGGUAUUGGAUAUGGCUAUUUGCACAGAAUUCCAACACAGUCCGUGACAUCAAAGAAGAAGCCAGAAAGCAAAUCACCUUCACCUUCACCCUCACCAGAAGCUGGAACUCCUCUGCCAUCCACUAAUGGUUACACAGAGACUCCAUUGUUGGCACCUACCUCUCAGAAUGACAGCUCUGAAAUAGUUAUGAACUUGGACCAUUCCACAGAAAGGAGUGGUUACUCACCAGAAAGCUCCCUUUCUCCUCCUCCCCCUCUCCAGAGAGUUAUGGAUCCAGGAUUUCUAGAUAUGUCUGGAAUUUCAGUUUCUGAGUUCACAAGCUUAACAGAAGUGUCCAGCCUGUCCCCAUCAGCCUCCUUCAACACGCCAGCAGCAGGGCCUUCUGUAGGCCCUGAAACACUAAUGCCAGACAGUGAAGUCUCCACUUAUUUUGAAAAUGGUUUAAUGCUGUAUCAUGAAGGAUCAGGCAAGCAGCCCACACUGGAUGACCUCCUGCCUUCAGUUUCAUCUUUACCUUCUCUUGAUCUUCCUCAUGACAUUUCUUCAAAAACAACACUAGGAACUGAUGCUGAUAACCAGGAAUCCAAGCUGCUUGUGAACACCACUGAGAGCUCACUCGCCACUGCUCCAGAGACACCAGAGCAAGAAGCAGCAAGCGAGCAGAAAGGAGAAGCAGCUGCACAAGAUCCUGAGUGAAAUGGACCUUGCUGCUGUUUACAGACUGCUGAAUGCUGCAGUGCCACAGCUUGGAAUAUUUUUCUGAUCUUGAAAGAAUUACAGUUACUCUAUUUUGUUAGUGUAGACAAUACUAGAAAAGAAAUCACAUGAAGUACGUAUCCUGUUGUCUUUUCCAAUCACUGUUUAAUGGAUUGAUCUAUGUUCAGAAUUUAAAUGCUGUCCAAAAUCACCCAAUCAAUAGAGAAAUUGAUGCAGAAACCAAUUGGACACUGGCAGAACGUCAAGUUCUGGAAUUCACAUUUGCCUACAAGUGCUCCUGAAUGUAUUUACAAAGGCACUGUGCCUGAACUUAGUGAUGAUUUUUAUUGGUAUGUUUGAUGGCAUUAAAAAUAUUUAUAGUUUUGAUUUGUUAGAAAGCUUUUCUAAUGGUACAUCCUGGUUAGACAGUUCUUGUGUCUUCCAAGGCAUUUCUUACCCUAAGAUACUUUUGCUUACUACUCUAGUAUUCCUGCUAGACUUAUUUUUCUUGGUUUACUUCCCUUCUGUGCAAGAGUCAUUCAUGUACCUUCUUCAUACCUACUUGGACAGGAAAGAAAUCCAGUGGGGUUUGAAGUUGGAGCCCCAAAGGGGACAAAGCCAUGGUGGGGUGGCUCCUGUCAUGACUUCUGCUCUGGAGUUGGCCAUGCAGUUAAAUAAACAGUGAGGGGGAGGGAGUGAUGGUGACUACUUGAAACAAAUUGAAGAUGACUUCAAAGUAGAGGUGAUGAAUCUUCUUGGUGAAGAUUGAAUGUCUUGGCUUCUGUAGUGACUGAGAAAUAGAUUUCCUUUGCUCGUGCUUUUCUAUUCACUCACUGCUAUUUUUAUACAAAUUGUUGUAAGUUUAAGACAUGGGGCUGUUGUGCAGCACCAGCAAUCGGUUUUUGUAGCUUUUUUGCUUGCAUUUGUUUCCAAAAGCACUUCUGAAUGUAACAGCAAACAUGACAAACAAUGGAAGACAUGGAUGGCUUUAUAAUCCUCAGGGCAGUGAUUUAUCAUGGAAUUUUAAGCUGCUGCUAAGCAAUAAUACAGCUACUGCAGUGAAAACCCUUUGUAAAUUAAACCAGUGGGGUACAAGGCUGGUGUGUGUUUAGGCUAUAAACUGAGUACACUUAUUUAGCACAACCCUGCCUGAUUUCCUUUGCCCUGCCCUGGCUCCUGCUCUGUUUCUGCCUUGUGCAGGUCACUGACAGCUGGAAUCUGGUCCUGAUGCAGGGAGGACUCAGAGUCACACAUUUACCUGUGACAGCUUCAGCCAAAGGGUGCAGGGAAAGUCGCUGCAGAUGAGUCCACCCUGACUAAAAAGUCUGUCCUUGAUCUGUUUGGAGUCUGAAAUACUGCAAGUACAGUAGUUCUGAACAGGAUUGUCAAAGCACCUGUUGCUUUAAAGAAUGUAUUAAGCUCUAACUAAAGGCAGUAGAAUUGACAGUGAAUUCUAGUCUGUUAAUUGUGAGCCAAUUUUAUUUCUUAUGUUGCUAAAAUAAAUUUCCUAUUUUAUUCCCCCAGCUGACUGUUACAAGGGCAAACAGCCAAACACUAAAAAGAAAUGUAAUUAAAAUA